AUGAGGCUUUUGCAGUUGGCGUUCGUCGUAUCUCUACUGUUUGGAUUGGUCGCCAUCCUCAUCUACAUCACUGGCGUCUCCGAUCUCUAUGAGACGCAUCGGCUUACCGAAGAAGAUGUGGAAGCACUGCAAUCUCUGCAGACCGGUUUCCAAAAGUGUGUGGCUGCAAAUGGAUUAGGUUUGCAAGCUUCGCUUGGUAAAGAUUACUGUGAAGUCACAAUGCAAUUUCCCGGUGAUACCAUUCCUAAAUGGAAAGAUACCAAAACCGGUGAGCUUGAAGGCUUAUCGUAUGAGUUUAAUCUUUGUGAAGCUGUGGCUACAUGGGAACAGGUGCGGAAUAGUACCACAAUACUGACCAGGGAGUUCAUUGAUUCCUUACCAAAUGGAUGGGAGAAUUAUGCGUGGCGUAGGAUUAAUAAAGGAGAUCGUCUCAACCACUGCAAGAAUAAAACAUUAUGUGUGGAAAAACUUUCACUGGUGCUCCCGGAAACACCACCAUAUGUUCCACAGAUGUUUGGCCGAUGUGCAGUGAUUGGAAACUCGGGAGAUCUUUUGAAAACAAGGUUUGGGAAGGAGAUUGAUGGGUAUGAUGCUGUUAUUAGAGAAAAUGGUGCACCAAUUCAGAACUAUACCGAUCAUGUGGGGAAGAAAAGCACAUUUCGGCUUCUUAAUAGGGGAUCUGCUAAAGCUCUUGAUAAAGUUGUGGAGUUAGAUGAGUCAAGGAAGGAAGUCUUGAUCAUCAAAACAACAAUUCAUGAUGCUAUGAACCAGAUGAUUCGGGAACUUCCAAUAAAAAAUCAUGUAUAUCUCCUGCUAGGUGCUUCCUUUGGUUCUGCCGCAAAAGGAACUGGGCUCAAGGCUCUUGAAUUUGCGCUCUCUAUAUGUGACUCGGUAGAUAUGUAUGGUUUCACUGUAGAUCCUGGAUAUAAAGAAUGGACUAGAUAUUUCUCAGAAUCUCGACAAGGUCAUACUCCUCUACAUGGUAGGGCAUACUACCAGAUGAUGGAGUGUUUGGGUCUUAUCAAAAUUCAUUCGCCUAUUCGAGCUGAUCCAAACCGUGUUGUGCAAUGGGUACCGGACCGUAGUGCAGUUACUGCCGCUAGAAUUGCAUCAGAGAAAUUGUUGAGGAGGAUUGGAGCAGGGUAUGCAGACCCACUGCGUAUGUGUUCAAUUAUAAAGAAGCAAGUCAAAAUAAAGCUUACAUCAUUUCUAAGUCUUAGAAAGGCUGCUAUUGACCAUCAGAAAUAUGUGAAAAGUGCAACCAUGUAUCCUCUGGAGCAUAGUCUGCGGCAUGGUAUGCUUUGCACCGUGUGA